AUCACCAGAGGGCAGAAACUUGUCGACAAGUAAAUUCAAAAGAGAAAGGGUUGGAGGUGGCAGCAGACACAGAAGUCUUGCAUGAGUUCACCUUCAGAUGAAACUGUUAGCUAGCUGUCCAAAUCACAGUUUCUUUCUUGCCCGGGAUCUUGACACCAUGAAUGGAUCAAUGUAUUCUGCGUCUAAAGUGUUGGAUAUCAAAUUGAAAAGGGGACCAGCUGGCCUAGGUUUCAACAUAGUUGGUGGUCUGGACCAGCAGUAUGUAAUGAAUGACAGUGGGAUAUAUGUAGCCAAAAUAAAAGAGGAUGGGGCAGCAGCACUGGACGGAAGACUGCAAGAAGGAGACAAAAUCUUGGCGAUUAAUGGACACAAGCUGGAGAAUCUGUCCCACAAUGCAGCAGUGGAGCUUUUCCGGUCUGCAGGGGAGGAUGUUCAGCUUCGUAUCCAGCAGAGACCGCCCAUGCCUAUGAAUGGUCCCUCCAGCUCCAAGCCGGAUGGUGAAUCUCCUGUGUCGUCCCUGGGGCUGCUAGCGGCUACCGUGGGGGUAGCCGCCAUCUUGGCCUUGCUGUACAUGCGUUUCCAGCCCCUGCUUAAAAGACACUAACUAACAUUAUCUUUCAAAGAGCAAUCUCUGGGACAUAACAUUUUGCUGAAGGCCAAAAAAAAAAACACAAAAACAAAACGAUGUAAACGUCAGCAAUGUUUUUGGCGUUACAGAUGUUCACAUCGCUGAUGAGUGUCUUUGUGUUUAAAGUAAUUCGAGACGAUCGUAGCUGCUUAACCCAUAUGCAAAAUGUUGCUCUUGCCAUAGAGAUUACCUAAAUUGUAUGAUAACUGACAUCGUGUGGAAGAAAAAGAGAUGUACAUAUUACAUUCCUACUGCUGAGAUGAGCUGAGUGGCUCAGACUGUGCUGGACAUACUGAAUGCCUGUGCUUCCUCGAAGGCUGAUUGGUUCUUCUCUGCAGCAGUACUAGGGCCUUUAGCCUGACACACCCACACUUCCUGUGCAUGGAAGGUGAAAGGCGUUCUUGUGUGACUCAAAGGAACCUUUAUCAUCAGGACCCAGAUCUGUAAAACGGGCAACAUUUCAAAAAGAAAAAGGGCAACGUCAACAUACACUGUAUAUUGUUGCCGUGUACAGUUGCAUAGUAUGUGUUUAUCUUUUGUGUUUUUGUUCCUGUUCGUCACAAUGGCCUCUUCAUAAGGAAACCAAAUAAUGCCAGGGUGGCCGAUGUGCGAGGUGAGACAUAAUGUGGUGGUUGGAUAAUAAUGGUGUGAACCAGGCAUUUUGACAGUGUGGAUGUUGAUCUCGUUCAAUCAGGGAUAUUAUGUGACUAAGCCAGCCCUUUAAAUUGUGGUAACGGUGACAGCUGGGAGACUUGAGACACCACCGUGUCUAGCAUUUGCUACAGUUUGCUAUUGGUGCCACUGUGCUUGUAGCAUGGCAAUACCCUGUGUAUGUAAUGUAAAAAGAAAGGUUCACAUAGAUGCUGGUGAUAUACCUUGAUAGAGAUACCCAGGGUAUUUCUCCCAAUCCUGUUCAGUCAAUGGCAUUAUCAUGAUCAUUGUAAUAAAGAAAGGGAAACCAGCUACUCAUUUUGAUAAGGUGAGCCAAAUGAUAAGACCUUUUCACAAAUGUUAAAAGGCAGUGUUUUUUUUUUGCCAUUCAGCAGAGCAAUGUCUCUUUCAUACAGGCCAGUUCUGCCCACAAAUUAAUCUGUAGGUUAAUUGCCAUUGAACUAAUUGAAAGAGGGCUCAUUGGUUUCUUUAUAGUCAGUCUUUGGGAUCUCUGUCUUUAACUACAACUUUCAUUGUAUGGAAGGGUGUUUUGUAAAUAUUGUGUUAUUCUGGGGAUAUGCAUGAAGUUAAUACUGUAAAGUAAUUGCUUGUCCUACUAAUGCGAAGAUGACAGAUCAGAAACACUUAAACAUGCCAAUUAUAUUUUAGUUUUGUGUGAUGAGUCAUACAACUCUAGUAUCAUGCUCAAUGUAAUUGCUUUAGUAUGAAUGUUAUGUAUAAAUAAAUGAAAACAUGCUAUUUGUACACAGAUACAGAAUAUUACCAUGUUUGCACUGAUAAGCUUGAAUGAAUUAUCUCUCCACCCA